CUCACAAAUUACUCUGAAAUGUUAAGUGAUUUCUGCAAAUCUGAAUUUCUCGUCUGAAUAAGGAAGUGUCAUUUGAUACAUCAAGGAAUCACAACAUGAAUCUUCUGGGUGAGUAGUUGUCUAUUCUUCAUAAUUGCAAGUCCGUUGCAAAGUGACUUCCAAACAGAAACUCGUGAUACUACUCGUUUUAUGGCUUCCUCUAUUACCAGUCCUCCAUCUGUACACUCAGCAUUAUUUCAACAGGAAAGUGUCAAUAGAGACCAAUGAUUGUUGGCAAACAUUAUUGAAGAACAGCAUAGAUUUGAAAGGGAAGAUAGAAUGGAUAUAUCAGUCGACAUUUUCGUUGCGCACACUGACAGAUACAUUUCCCUCCGGAUAUUCUCAUGAAAUCCUUCGACGUCGUGCAAUACAUUACGUGCAUGAAAUGGAGUACACCUUGACCAACCUUCAAAAUCAACUCACUGAUUUGCAAAAGCUGAACAAAACAGUUAUUGGGGGUGCCGCAAUAUCCUCACUUGAAAACAAUUUGUCCAUAUUUCAACAACAGCUCACAGAGAUACUGUUCAAUACUGAGAGAGUUCUGAAUCAAUUGGGUCAAGUGGAUGGAUUUUCUGAAGAGAGGAUUUCCAGGCUGAAUGAGAUAUCUCGAAGAGUACAGAAGAGGAUUCAACAGUUGCAGAAUCCGGCUGACUGCAGGAAAGCCAAGUUUGUGACAUUCGAUUUCCUAGAUUUUUGUGGAUUCGGUUGUUCCAUGCACCGGUUGACCUACUGCCUACAACUGUCUGUGGAGAGUGGACGUGUAUUGGUCUUGAAGAGACAUGGGAUUGGAGAUAUUUUCCGAGAAUGGUUGCGGCAGAACAUCCUUCCGAUUUCUGACAAGUGCAGUUAUCGAGACAUCUUUAAAGCGUCAGAUAGUUUGGACUGCUCUGAAUUAUUUUUUCAUUCUACUCAUCGACACCACUGGAUUCCAAAUAUUCUACCAAGUGACUUGGCUACAGAAUUAUUUCGUCAUCACGAAGCACCCUACGUUUGGUUUGCCGGUCAGCUAGCUGCGUUCAUUCUGCGGCCUAAACCUCAUCUCGCUGAGUUAAUCAAAGAAGCGGUGAAGGAAUUCAAGUCAAAACAUCAUCCUGUUGUAGGUGUGCAUGUAAGACGUACAGACAAACUACUUUGGGAAGCUGACUCCUACAAUUUGACAGAGUACAUGAAACACGUGGAAAGUUAUUUCGAUUCAAUGAAUUACACUCAACGGGUGAUGUCAUAUAUGAAAUCUCGGGAUAUGAACAAAUUCACAUACAUGAAUGAACAGUUAAAUGGUACUCGUUAUUCUUCAGAGAACAAACGAAGCGUUUAUCUUGCCACAGAUGAAACUUCAGUUUUCAAGGAAAUUGCCGAGCUAUAUCCUGAUUAUAUUGUUUAUGGAAGUCAAAAGAGAUCACAGUCAGCGAAUGUGGAUAUUCGCUAUAGUAUCACUUCAAUGACAAAUGCAUUUGUUGAUGUGGUUUCAUUGUCACAGACCGACAUUCUCGUCUGUACAUUCUCUUCAAAUGUGUGUCGUCUAGCCUAUGAAUUGAUGCAAACACGUCAUGAAGAAUUAGGAGAUGCAACACAACUAAUUCGUUCUCUUGACUACAUGCAUCACUCAGAAGAUUAUUCGAGGAUCGAAUUCGAUGUAGUCAUACCAGAUGUGACAACAAAUAUACACUAUGGCAACCAGGUCUAUUUAUACAGGAAUUAUUGGAAUGGGACGGUGGCCGUUACACGGGUUGAUUUAAAUGAGAUAAAUCGUAUUGAAUUUGCUGACUGUGCACGAGACACUUUUUUUCUCUUACCUACCUACAAAUUGAGACCACGAUAUACGACGGCAAAUAUCAACUGGUUGUAGCAGUAAAUGCUUUAGCAGUUGACCUCAGUCAAUUUCAGAGAGUUGGCGUUAAAUAACCACAGUGUGUUCCCGAAUUCAUUUUUAUAAAUACUCAUAGACACCAACCGAUAACCUGAGCACAAGUUGUUAACAUCAUUUGUAGAACAAGAAGUAACUUCAGAAAACUGUAUGCUCGCACGUCUAAGUAUAAAAAUUCUAUGAUACCAUACUUGGCACGUAUUUUAUGUGAUGAAAGUAGCGUCAGGCAAGAAUUGACUAACCUUUUUGCCUUUAGUAAAUAAACAAUCUCCUCCAUCCAUCUUAUAUACCUUCAAGUUUUACUUUUAUUAUUUCUAUUAUAUUUAUGGUCCUGUUGAUUCUUUGUUUUCAUUUUAAUAACUGCAAACACCAACUUAUCUCUAUGACUUCUGUAAUCUUUCUUUUCUCCCUCACCAUAUCAUGCAAGGAGAACAUUAUAUUCAAUAUUUUUAAUCAUGCAAGGAUUUGUAUACCGCAUCGACAAUACUGUGUGAAACAAGCCCAUGGCAAUUUCCACUUGUAUUAUCAUUAUUACCUUAGCUGUUAUCAUUAUUAUUAUCAUUUCCAUUUUAUAUUGUGCAUGUUUUUUUAAAUAUUACCCAUAUUGUAAACGAAGAAAAAUUUUCUGUGAUUAAUUUUAUUUAUAAUUUGAGGAAAUUAGAUGC